GGUUGCGUCACUUCUGGCGACCUCCUAGUGGAAUGCCGGCAUGGGUUGGAGUCGCCUGCAUGGGCUCUUCGCAGUCUACAAGCCCCCUGGUUUGAACUGGAAACACCUGCGAGAUACUGUGGAAUCGCAGCUCCUGAAGGGUCUUAACGCAGAGAAGCGAUUUACUCCACAGGAGCACAUCCGAUUCCUGCUUGCCCCCACAGAAGAAAAUGAAAGAAAAGAACUGACCCUCAUAGCCACCAAUGUUCCAGUCCUUUCUGAGCACCCAUUAGUAAGAGGACUAAACUACACCAGUGUGAAGGUGGGCGUUGGGCACCGACUCGAUGUCAAGUCAUCUGGAGUGCUCGUGCUCGGCGUGGGACGUGGAAACAAACUGCUCACAGACAUCCACAAUGCCCAUCUCACAAAGGAUUACACAGUUCGUGGGCUCCUGGGAAAAGCCACCGAUGACUUCACUGAUGAGGGCAGGCUGAUUGAAAAGACCACUUACGAUCAUAUAACCCAAGAGAAGCUCAGCAGAAUCCUGGCAGUCAUCCAGGGCUCCCAUCAGAAGGCACUGGUAAUGCAUUCCAAUCUCAACUUGAAGACCCAAGAAGCCUAUGAAAUGGCUGUGAAAGGGUUAAUCCGACCCAUGUGCAAGACUCCAAUGCUGAUUACAGGAAUCCGAUGCCUCCAGUUUGCUCCUCCUGAAUUCCUCUUAGAGAUUCAGUGCAUGCAUGAGACCCAGCAGCUGCUUCGUCGAAUGGUACAUGAGAUUGGACUGGAGCUGAAGUCAGCUGCUGUCUGUACCCAGGUGCGCCGGACCAGAGAUGGGGUCUUCACCCUGGAGGAUGCCCUCCUAAGGACACAGUGGGAUAUGCACAGCAUUCAGAAAUCAAUCCAGAAAGUGGCACCCCGAGUGGAGGCAGAACUUAAAAAGUGCCAAACAGUAGGACCAGUCCAAAGAGGCCUUGUGGGACAGCCUGCCUCCUAACAGAUCCAGGUCACAGACAAAACUCAAGUAAACUUUCCCCAUGAGCUAAGUAGAAUGAGGGGUACACAGCCUCAGGAAAGAAGAGCAAAGGAGGAUGCUGUGAUGGUGUAGGAACUAGUAAAUAACCGAAUUGCAGGGGACAGAUAAGGGCAAUCCAUGACCUGACUCAGGUAAAAGUUCAUGGAUCCGCAGGAGAAAGAUUUGGGAACCUUUGAAAAUGAUCCUAAUCCAUUCAGUAAAUAAAAGGCCCUGCCCCCUGGCUUUUGUAUAAGGAAGUCAACCAGUGUUACUGCUCUAGUGGAAGAAUUGAGAAACAGGCAUUCUUGGCUACCUCUGAAUCUGGCCCAAGCUUGCCAAUGUCAGUGGCCAAGUGGUUGUAGAGAGGUGGAGACUCCAAGAUAAAAUAGUGAGAAGACAAGAUAGCAAAGGAUGAGCUGAUAAUGGGCUUAGAGUUACCCUUCUAACCUAUCUUGGGAAGGAGGAAUCGGAAAGAACUGAGCUUUCUUCUCUGAAGAACUUGGAGCACUCAAUGAGAGCUCAGAUUGUUUUGGUUUUUGUUACGAGAGCGGGAAAUGAGAUAUGGCUUUGUGGAAAUCUCUUCCUUUCUUCCUAACCCUAAAUCUCUAGGCAGGGUAAGUUAGGGGAGAAAGAACACAGGAAUUUGUGUCAGAAGAUCUGAGUUUGAAUCCCAGCUUUGCCAUUUUCUAUCUAGAUGGCCAUGGGCAAAUCACCUCACCUUUCUGAGCAUGUUUCCUCAACUAUAAGAAUCAGGAUUAUGACACGCAUUUCAGGCUGCACAGGGUUAAUUGUGAGGACCAAAGGAGAUGGGGUGGAUGUGUGCAUGGAUGUAAUUUUGUAAAUUUUGUAAACCUUUUAAGUGCUGUAUGAGGGUUAGUUACUGCUAUCCAACAGUAAAUCAAGACCACUUUCUAACAACUCAGGAUGAUGGACAUCUGGGCAAAUGGCCGAACAGCACAGGUAAUCUUUUUUUUUUUUAGUUCCUGUUCUAGUGCUUGGGCAUUGCUUUUUGGCUUAUCACUACCUAAACUCAAAAAGGACUGUGCCUCAUAUGUGCUCCUGGGGAUAGGGCCAAAUUAUAGGUGAAGAGGAGGGUGAUUGCAGAGCUUGUUCUAUGUUGCCUAACAACCACAUGUGGAAGAGAAUGGGAGUUAGAAAACCCUGCUAAGGCAGGGAAAAAUUCCAUUCUAAAUUGGUGACUUUUCACCUGCCUUCUUUCACCCUUCCUUCUCCUGCUGCUAUGUAGGUGUCAGAGGCAGACUUAAACCUAAGGAGCUUCUAGUACCCUUGCUCUAGUCAGAUAUGGACUAUGCAUAGUAAUAGUUAGGUCACAAUGAAUGGUAAUAACCUUGCUGAUAAACUUUAAGCAUCAGCUCCACCCAUCAUUACUCAUACCGCCCUUGUCCCCUCCAGAAUGGAUCCACCCCUUUUGUUAAGCAAAGCAAGGCUUUUGUGCUCCGGAAGUAUGUUCUACUUAACAAGUGCAAACUCUCAUAAAAUCCAAAUGGGAAUGGACUAUCAAGUCAAAUGUCCUACCCUUCUGCCUUGAUUCUCCCUGCCCAACAUGGGCUCAAGGAUGCGUGAAGAGUUUAUUUGUUCUCUCUUUUCUUCCUAAUUUCUACUGUGCCAGGAUGGCUAAUUUUUUGAAAGCUCAAUUCCAGUGUAUGCCUCAUCUUGCACAUAGUGGCUUCUUAAAAAGUCCUGCUGGAUAGAAUUGAAUUUUUCCCCCAUUCAUGCACCAUAGCCUAGAUUUCUUUCAGGCAACACAUUUUAAGUAUUCACCUACCAUUUAUAGAACGCUUUCUGUGUACAUAGCACUUGACUAGACUGCAGCUAAUGCCUGGGUAAAAUAUUCCCUAGAGUUUACAGUCUAGUGAGGGGAAUAAGAGAUGUAUACAAAUAACUAAUACAUCUGAAAGUCUAGUAAGAGGGAGCAGCUGGGUAGCUCAGUGGAUUGACAGCCAGGCCUAGAGAUGGGAGGUCCUGGGUUCAAAUUUGGCAUCAGACACUUCCCAGCUUUGUGACCCUGGGCAAGUCACUUGACCCCCAUUGCCCAGCCCUUACCACUCUUCUGCAGUGGAACCAAUAUAUACAGUAUUGAUUCCAAAACGGAAGGUAAGGAUUAAAAAAAAAAAAGUCUGGUAAGAGAAGUACCAAGUACUGUGAUUUCACUGGAGGGAAAAUAUUAAUUUCAAGGUACUUUUAUACUUAGAACCGUGCUAGCUGCUAUAAUUACAUGAGAAAUAUGAGACCCAGACCCAGUUCUUUCCUGCCAUAGGUCCCUGUGUGCAUUUACCUUACAAAUAACCUUUGGUCCUUUUUCUCUCUAUCCUUAAACCUACCUGGCUUGUUUUCCUUCACUCUCAUCCCUAAGCCUGGCUCUUAAGGUAGUAUUUUUUUCUGGCCCAUUUAUAUGGGUACUUUAUAAAUGCUUAUUAACUUAAGGCCCCAAAUAAAGGAAACAGGAGUCCUCAGGGGCCACAGUUUGCAUAGCAUGCACAUAAAAGAACAUGCCCUUGAUUAUACUUUUGUGUUCUAUCAAACUUUUCCUGGCCCCUCAGCUUGUCAGAAUAUGCUAAAUACUUCACCUAAGGAAAGAAAUGUAGGUUACCUGGGAACUCUUCCCUAUCUGUAGUGAUGGCUAGGCUGCAGUGAAUAUUUUCAGUAUCAGCAAGCCAGAUUGAUGUUAGUUAUCACUAACAAUUUCCUGUUUAUGUUGUGAGAUAAUGGUACAUACUAUUAAGAAAGGUCAGAGGAUCAUCUUUGCUGGAGAUAGAUGAAUUGCUAGUUCUUUCUGCCUAAGGAUUUUGCAUAUAGUAAUAAUAUAAGUUGGUGUCAUAGUUGCCUCUCCCCGAUUACUCUAAGAAAAAAAAAGCCAAACCAGCUUAGUCAGAAAACCUGUACUCGUCAUAAACCCCUGGACAAAUUGCCAAAUAUGAAUGAGCAUUGGUUUCCUCAUUUGUGAAAUGGUGGUAAUGCCCAUCAUACAUAUUUCAUAAUAUUGUUGUGAGGAUCAAAGGAUAGACUGUACGUAAUGCACUUAGCCAUGUAUGGUUGGUAUCAUUAAGGUUUGAAAGAUUUGGGAUACUUUGAGGAGUUCCAAUGGCCGAACUCACCCCUUUUGUGAAGUCAGGGACUUAUAAAGUGAGUGCCAGUGAAAGCAAAACAGCCCUGUUUCUUAUCCUAAGAAACCAGCAGAACAGGUUUUGGGGUUUUUUGUUUUUGGUAAGGUGGAUAAAGAAGCAAGAGACACAGAAAAAGUCACCUAGCAGUGAGCAAUUUUUCUCCUGCACAGGUUUAGGAUUAGGGAAAGACUGAAAUGACUGUUUACCAAGAGGAAGUAACCCAUUCAUAGCUGAUGCAAGUUGGCUAACAUUGGCUUGCUGUUUAAGAAUAAAGUUGUGUUUAGAUCUAAUUGAUGAUGGUUUGAGGGAAUUUAAACAUGUAUGUAAAACACCUUAUAAACCUUAAAGUACUAUAUAGUUGUGAAUAUGCCCUGUGACCAAGAUCAUCAGUGGGGAACUUGAAAUUGGAUAAACGAACUUAAGAAAUUUUCCCCAUUAGAAUGUAACCCCUUCAUUCCUUUUGUCUCUUGCCAUUUCUAAAACGCAUUUCCUUUUUUCCUCUUGAAUUUUAUUUCAUUUUUCAAUUAUAUGUAGGAACAAUUUUUGAAAAUUGUUUUCUGACAUUUGGUGAUUCAGAUUCUCUCCUUUCCUCCCUGAGGUGGUAUAUAGUCUGAUAUGUUAUCUCAGUGCUUUCAUACAAUAGAUGUAUUUACUUUUAACUCUUGUCUGCAUUUUAAAGUUUUACUUGAAUCUGGUCUUUUCAUCAGAAAUACUUGGAGGUCCUCAGUUUCAUUAAAGGUCUAUAUAAUCCCUGUAGGAUUAUACGAA